GGUGGGUCUGUACAGCAACAACUGGCAGUCAAAUCAGAUUGUCCAAAUUGACAAGCCACACACACACACACACACACACACCUCAGGACUCUGCAUUCCCAGCUUCCAGGAUUCACCUUAAACAACUGGUCUGUGUCUCUCUCACACCUUAAACAGGGCCCACAGCAGAAAUACCAUGGAAUCAGGGAAAAAGCGACUGAAAGAGAAGAUCAAAGAGAAGCUGCCGGUGACAGGACCACAGGCAGCAAGCAUCUUUGAGUUGCUGCAAUGGUACUGCUACCACACUAACACCCACGGUUGCCGCAGGAUUGUGGUAUCGCAAGGCCGUCUGCGGAGGGCAGCUUGGCUGAUUCUGACAUUGAGUGCAGUGGGCAUCAUCAUCUGGCAGUGUGCCUUACUCAUCAUUUCUUACUACACUGCCUCUGUCACCAUCACUGUCCAAUUUCAGGAAAUCACCUUCCCAGCUGUUACCAUCUGCAACAUGAACCCAUACAGAAACAAUGCAACAAGACAUCUCUUUAAGAAACUAGACCAGGACACUCUGAUGGCCAUAAAUGAGCUUUACCGUUUAAUUGAUAAUCCCAACAACAGUCAUGUGAAAGCUCACCACCAGCUUGCUGCAAAUAACCAAGGUGACAUCCUGUUCCCAAAUAUUCCAUUGGUAUGGAUCGAGUUGGUUACCCAAGAGUACAGCAUCGUAUCUGAUCUCAUCACCAGGAAACGGCACAGGAUUAAUGGUACGGUGAAAAUCGAGUCCUUUGAGAGCAUCAACACACAGAAUCGAACCAGACUGGUUGGCUUUCAACUGUGCGACAACGACAAGAAUGAAAACUCUACCUGUAUUAUAUACACAUUCAGCUCAGGCAUAACUGCCAUUCAGGAAUGGUACCGACUGCACUAUCUCAAUAUCAUGGCACAGGUGCCUCAUGAAAAGAAACUGCAGAUGGGUUACUCCGCUGAUGACCUCAUAUUCAGCUGUCAGUUCGACGGACUACCAUGUGAUUCAAGGAACUUCAGCCUAAUGCACCAUCCCCUGCACGGAAACUGUUUCACCUUCAACAGUGGAGAGAACGGCAGCAUUCUCCAGACCAUCAUUGGUGGCAGUGAAAAUGGCCUGAAAAUGAUUUUGCAUUUGGAUGAAAAUGAGUAUAAUCCAUUUCUGGUCACCUCAAUGGGGGGAGCAAUUGUCAUUCAUGAUCAGAAUGAAGAGCCUUUUGUGGAAGACAUGGGAAUUGAAGUACAGACAGCAACGGAGACAGCUAUGGGCCUCGAAAUGACUGUACUGAAGAGGCUGAGCAGUCCAUAUAGUGACUGUACAAUAGACGGAGCUGACGUUCCUGUGACAAACCUUUACAACAAGACCUAUUCAUUGCAGAUGUGCCUGCACUCAUGUUUUCAGAUGGAGAUGAUUUGUAGGUGUGGCUGUGGCCACUAUGAGAAGCCAUUACCAGCGAAAGCAGAGUAUUGUAACCACAAAACCUACCCAGGAUGGAUUUUCUGCUAUUACAGGCUGCACAGCCAGUUUAUCCAGGAGCAGUUGGUUUGCCAGAAGACCUGUCGACCUGCCUGUCAUUCCAAGGAAUGGACAAUGACCAUGAGUGUUGCUCAGUGGCCUUCAUCAGCAUCUGAGGAGUGGACUCUUCGUCUUCUGAGCUGGGAAAAAGGGCUCCAUGGAAACAGAACUUUAAGAAAGAAUGAGUUGGCCAACCUGGGCAUCUUCUACAAAGAUCUCAAUCAGAGGAACAUCUCUGAAAUGGCUGCAAAUAAUAUUGUCACUUUAUUGUCGAACUUUGGAGGACAGCUGGGUCUGUGGUUGAGCUGUUCAGUUGUUUGCAUCAUCGAGUUUGUGGAGGUGUUCUUCAUCGAUAUGGUCAUGAUCAUUGUGCGGAAAUGCAUCCAAACUAUACGCAAGUGGUGGCAAAACAAACAGGAGGAGAUCCCUCCAACCAUCAGUAAUACAGCUCAUGGAUCUCCUGUCUACAUAAGUGAUGAAGACCCACCAACUUUCAACACUGCCCUGCAGCUGCCUCGAGCACAUGUCCAAGACACACUUCCCCCCACUUAUGAGACCUUGCGCAUACACAGCAGUUUCAGUCCUGACUCCUCCACCAUGGAGUCUUGCAAGCACUGACUGCAGCAUUGCAAAAGUUUUUGACUGCAGUACUGUAUAUACUUUUGCUUAGCUGUAGAAUGAUGCAGCACAGGAGGAGUGGGAAGCCAGACAGUGUAGGGUGAGCUAAGGGAGAGGUGAACCAGUGUAGGGGAAGCCAGUGUAGGGUGAGCUUAGGGACAUAUAAGCCAGUGUAGGAGGAGUAUAGGGACAGGUGAGCCAGUGUAAGGUGAGCUUAGGGACAUAUGAGCCAGUCGCAGGAGGAGUAUAGGGACAGAUGGGUCAGUGUAGGGUGAGCUUAGGGACAGGUGAAGCAGUAUAGGAGUAUAGGGCAAAAUGAACAAGUGUAAGGUGAACCGGUGGGGAAGGGGUGUAUAGGGAGAGGUAAGCCAUGGGGGAGGGGUGUAUAGGGAAAGGUGAGCCGGGGAAGGUGUA